AUGCCGGGCCCCGGGUCGCACCUCGUGCACGCGCUCGGCGUCGGCACCGCGCUCGGCGCGCUGUCGCAGAACGGGGCGUGGACAUGCAGUCACACGCUCGUCCUGGCCCUCAACGCGUUCUUCGGACCCGACGUCGGCGCCUUCCUCCAGUUCCUGCUCAGGCCGGUGAACGAGCAGCUCGCGGACUUCCUCAUGGCGGCGAUCCACAACCCCGCGGGCUACGUGGUGCUCCUCGGCGCCCCAGCCGCGUUCACGUACAGCUUCGUCACGCACAAGCUUGCUAGGUACCUGGACGCGCCGGGAUGGGCGCUGUCAGUCAGACAGACUGCGAUGUUGGCAGCAGCAGGGCCGUUGAUGCACUACUCCCUCGACGUGCCGUUCGAGGAGAACGGAAAGACGCCGUACCAGCUGCACAUCCUCGCGACAGGGUGGUGGGCCGACGAGCACGGCGGCAGCGUUCCGACGCCGCCGCCGGUCGCCGUUGCCAUCGUGGCGUCCUUGGCAGCGACGCUCUUCUUCGGCUUUGCAGCGGUCCACGGGGCGUUCCAUCCCCUGGCGCGCUCCCUGCCAACCGCACUGCCGUUCCGUGCGGUCGUCGCCUCCGCCCUGUGCGCCCGCGCGCCGCCCGCGUCGCCCAGAGCGACGGUGCGUGCCAAGCGGGCUGCGUCUCUGAUCGCGUCCGCCGGCAUCGCGUACGCCAGCUACUGCUGGGUGAUGCUCUACUGGUUCGAGGGCGCUCUCGGCCCGCCCGUCGGCGAGGAGGCGGACCUGGGGGUGCUAUUGUACGUCAUGCUGCUUAUACUCCUCCCCCUGGGGCUGUGCGUGGCCUCCUGCCACAGCACCCCCGGCGAGACGGGCCGGGUCGCUGCGGGGAGCGCACAGGCGUGA